UAUAUCAGCUGAGCUUAAGCUGAGCUGAGCUCUCUCUCUCUCUCUAUCUCUGUGAAAGGGGCUGCUGCUUCUUCUCCUUUCUUUUGCUGAUAAUAUUAUUAUUUUUUUGAACCUUGGGAUUGUUUUUGUCCCCAAAUUGGGAGGUCCUCUCUCUCUCAAGAUCAGCUGUGAAUUCUUUGCUUUCCUGCUCCCCACAAGGAAAACUUUCUUAAACAAAGCACCUCAGCUGAGUGGUCUGUAGAACUGAUCUUCACUGAGGAAUCUGGCCUGAGUCUCCAUGGUGAACCCUACUGCUUGAUCACCGUUCAAGUCUCGAUUUUAAUGAUUCACCAAUCAAAGCAUACAAGUAACCAAGCUGUCUAUUUGUGAUAAGAGAACUAAAUGGCUGCUUUCUAUUCAAGCUCUACAAACCAAAGGGAGGACAUCCCAAAUGCUUACCUUAGAGAUUCGGGGGACAAUUUGUAUCCCGAGGCUUCAGUAGGUGGAAACAUGAUGUAUUUCAAUUUUGCAUCUUCGGGUCCAUUCUCAGAGAUGUUGGCUACUGGCAAUGAAUCCCAACCAAAUUGUGGAGCUCUUUCGGUUAUUUCUCAGGAAUCAUCUAUGAGUGGACACACUUAUAAUUCUUGGAGAGAUGGUAGAAAUGAGAUGUUGUUCAUGCAAACAAAUAAUGGUUCAAUGGAUGGUGGUAAUGAGCUAGUUCGCAGCUCGGUCAUCUUAAAUGGACAGACAAAUUUCUCUAAUGUUCAAGGUCAAGGAUUAUCUCUUAGCCUCGGUACACAGAUCCCAAUGUCUUUAUUCAAGUACCCAUCAUCUAAUUCGGAUAUCUCCAUGUUGAGCACUCAUCAAUCUUCACGUAACGGGGAGUCAUGUACAGAUGAUAAUUCAAGAAACAAGAUUUUGAAUGGAAAUGCCUCUCCUUAUGGACUUACGAACCUCACUAGCAACAUUUCAAAUUCUAAGUAUCUAAAAGCGGCACAGAAUUUGCUCGAUGAAGUUGUUAAUGUUCAGAAAGCUUUGAAGCAGAAAGCGCGCAAAAGCCAGAGUUUCAACACUUCUACAGUUUGCAAAGAUAGUGAUGGGGCAACAAAGAGCGAAGUGGUGCCAUCAAACCCUCAGGACCCGAACGCAAAUUCGUCUAGUGAGCUUUCUCCUUCUGAACGGCAGGAUCUUCAGAACAAAGUUACGAAACUAUUGGCUAUGUUAGAUGAGGUCGAUAGAAGGUACAAACAAUAUUACCAUCAAAUGCAGAUUAUAGUGUCAUCCUUUGAUGCAAUAGCAGGCACUGGUGCUGCUAAACCUUACACCGCCCUUGCCCUUCAAACUAUUUCUCGCCAUUUUCGCUGCCUCAGAGAUGCCAUCAGCAGUCAGAUUCAGUCCACCCGAAAAAUUCUCGGAGAGCAAGAGAGCUCAAGUACUAAAGGGUGUGGAAUAUCUCGGCUUCGUUAUAUAGACCAGCAUUUGAGGCAGCAGAGGGCAAUGCAGCAACUCGGUAUGAUGCAGCCUCAUGCUUGGAGGCCCCAAAGGGGAUUACCAGAAACCUCUGUUUCAGUUCUCCGGGCUUGGCUCUUUGAACAUUUCCUUCAUCCUUAUCCAAAUGAUUCUGAGAAGUUAAUGUUAGCAAGGCAGACAGGAUUGACAAGGGGUCAGGUCUCAAACUGGUUCAUAAAUGCACGAGUCCGUCUCUGGAAGCCCAUGGUCGAAGAGAUGUACAAAGAAGAGUUUGGAGAGACCGAAAUGGACUCAAAUUCUUCCUCCGAAAACAUACCCAAAGCCAGAGACGACGCUCAAAUAUCUGAAGACAGAGGAGACUUGCUCCAAAGCCCUAAUUCCGACAAAUUCCCCAAAAACAGUGCUGGCCAAAGCAACCUAAUCCCCAACAUUGACGUCGGUAACGCUGGGUAUAAUAACGAGGCAGUAGAUACCGACAGACAACAGAAGCCAAAUCCGGAGGAUUUCAACCUUAUACACGAUGGUGAAAGGUUCAUGGCUUAUCAAAUGGCUGAGAUGGGGAGAUUUGGGAACGCCAGCGGGGUUUCCCUCACGUUGGGCCUUCAGCAUUGCGAAGAAGGCGAUCAGCAGGGUUUUCUUGCGGUGAGAGGGGAGGAUGUGUACAGUACCGGAGGCCCGAACUCAUUAGGGUUUGGCCCCUCCCAUCUAUUGCAUGAUUUUGUGGCUUGAACUUGUGUAUAUGCAAGUGUAGUGUGUUAUGUGAUUGAGAAUAACAAGCUUUUAAGAUCGAACUCUUUAGAGUUCCUUGCUUGCAAUUGUUGAAGAGAGUGAACAAUAGUAUGAUGAAUUAUAGGGUAAUGUGCAAAAGUGGCGGUUGGUGUAUACAUAUAUUGAUAGGUUGGUGUAGAGAUUAUGUCAUGGAUACAUAUUUUUGUGUAGUAUAUGAAGAAGCAAACAUUUUGAAUGUCAGA